CUAAUACUAUUUUGCAAUAAAAAAUCAUUUUUUAUUCAGUUUUUUUUUCUACACCCUGACUUACCCCCCUUUAAACGCCUUAAAAUAAUAAUAACAGCAACAAUAAAAAAUAACAACAACGCCUUCGUUAUCAUUCGUGUAUAUGCAGCAGCAGAUUUUUAUUAAGCACCAUUAGUUUAGCAGAGAGUAUCCAUAAAAAAAAACAAAAAAAACAAAAUAAAAUAUAAAAAAUGAAAAUAAAAUAAAUAAGACAAAUAUCUGUAUAUUUGGCGCUCAGCAACAAAUCGAAAAAUUAGUUUAUUAAAAAAGCACAUAAUAAUUACAGCAACAAGAAAAUAAUAAAUUAAUUGUUAAUUAUUUUUAAAAGCAUCAUAUUAAAUAAUACACAAAUAACAAGCUGCAAUAUAUAAACUUAUUUAAAAUUUAAAGUUCUAAAUAAAUAAAAUCUGUAAAUAAAAGCCAAUUCCAAAAAUUAUGAACACAACAGUAAAUAGUUGCCUAAAAAUAAGCAAUAAAAUAAAAUAAAAAAAUAUGAAAAAAUAUUAGUAAUGUUAACAAAAACUACAUAAUAAAAAAUAAAAAUAAUAUAUUUUCAUUCAAAAAGUCGCAAAAAUAUUUUAAGAAUAAAAAAAUAUUUAACCAAGUGCUUACUUAUGUAAAAUUUAACUAAAAAUAUUAAUUAUAAACAAAUAAAAAAAUAUUUCUUUUUUUUGUUUUCGAUUUGAAUGUAGUUAACAUUGAGCAAUUUUUCUUUGAGACGCUUUUGUAGCAUUAUAUAUAAUUAAUAUAAUAUUUACAAUAAAUAUUAAUUAAAAAGUAAAAAUAAUCAUCAUUAUUACUAAAGAAAAAUAAAAAUAAAUCGAUUUAAUAAAAACAAAUACAAUUUUUAAUAAUUGUACUAUAUACUUUAAAACAACGGAAAUUGGUAAAUAUCAUAGAAAACAUACUUAUAACUAGAAUAAAAACUAUAACUGCAAAUAUAAAAAAUAUUAAUAAUAAUAUAUAGUAUAAUAAUAAUAAUAAAAUUCAUAAAUCUUUUCUAUUGUAAAAAUAAUUAGUACUACCAAACCAUAUUAUAAUUUCUACCAAUUAAUCACUCAAAUAAUAUUAAUAUAAAAAAAUAGUUUAAACUUUUUGAGAAAAAGUUCAGAAAAAUAGUGUCUUUGACAAAACAUUACUUCGCCAUUAAUGUAAAAUCACUUAACUAUUUUGAAUAAAAGCAGUGGCAGCUCCAGCAAAGAAUAACCCAAGCAGGCAAACAAUCAACUAAAACUUCUCUACAAACCAAAAAUCUAACAAUAUGUCUAUUUGUUAUGCGAGAUAUUAGUAAAAAGUUUACUAAAACCAAAUGCCAUGGAUAUGAAAAAAAUAUCAAAACCACGGUUUAACAGCAAUAAUUGUUAUAAACAAACAAAACCAAAAGACUUACUUAUUUUCGCACGAUUUCAAUAUAAUGCUUCAUUUAUCAUAAAAAACAAAAAUAUUUGCAAUAAAAUAAAUGAGAAAAAACUACUAAUAAAAUAAAAAAUACUUAAUAGUAAUUAUAAUCAUUCAGUGAAUAAAAUAAUUAAAAAUGUUUUUUAAUUCAAUGAUCUUUAAAUGCAUGUGAUAGUUAAUUUUACUCUAUAAAAAUAAUGAAAAUUAACUCCAAAAUACAAUAUCAACAUCUGGAAAUGAAAUCCACUUAUAAAUGUUCCAAUUAUUACAAAAACUAUAACUUAUUAACACUUUAUCAAUCUACAACGAAGAAAAUGAUAAAGUUUAAAAAGUGAUCACUGAUCAAUAAAUAAUCGCAUGUAAAUAUUUUUCUUUUCAAAAGAAUAUACAACAAAAUAUUGCUUUCCAUUUAAUUUUUGUGACUCAAAAAAUUAUUUGCGAAUUUUCAUCAGCUUAUUUUUUGACAAUUGUUUUGUACUAAAAACAAUAACUUACACAACAACAGCUUUAAUUAAAAACCAGCAUACUAUUAUUAAAUAGAACCGCGACUUUGCCUAGACCAACUACAAAUAAACAUGGAUGACUAUGAAUAUGAGAGGAAACAAAGAAGGGAACGUGAAAAAUCUGAAAGGCAACAAGUUCAAACAUCAUCAUCUAAUCGGGAGGUAGCACUUUUUUCUGAACCUCGUCGUGUGAAUCCGUCCGAAGAUGAUGAUAAAAUUUCGGCUAAAUUGGGAGAUUAUUCGAAGGCCAGAGAUUUUAUUAAUCUUUACACGGUGGGAAUAUCGAAUUCGGGUCAUAGGCAUAUGCCGGCUAAUGCUGUUUUACCAGGUAUAGUGCCAACAAGUUCUCCGCUACCAAAUGUAAGUUCUGGUGUGGCGACGUCUGCAUCGUCAACAGGUUCCUCCUCAUCGUCGUCAUCGCAGCGUUUGCUUCCACCUCCACCACCACAAACUCAGCAACAAUCACAACAGCCACCACAUCACUAUCAGCAGCAACAGCAACAAUUACGACAAACGCCUUAUGUUAAACAGGCUGAUAAUAAACCGCCUUAUAAUGGCCGAGGGGGAUAUCCAGGACAACCAGUAAAUCGUUUGAGUAGUGGAAUGGCACCACCUAAGGGACCACCAUCCGGUUCAUUACUGCCACCUGCCACAACACACAUGCCAAAUGGGCGCCAAUCAACAUCGUCAGCCACUUCCGUUGAGAAAUCAUAUCUAGGACCACCUACAGCAUCGUCAAACUCGUCAUCGGCGACACACAAUGGUCGCUUUUCCCAACCAUCAAUACCAAAACAACGCCAAAAACCAUUACCACCAGAGAACGACAUCAAAGAAAUAAUUAAUCAUGUUACCAAUACAUUUUGUCCUCCAAAGAUGUUAACUGGCAUUGAUGCAACACCGCACAAUACUUUAAUGGAGAAUUAUAAUCUCAGUGAAAAGAAUAAACACAAGUAUUCCUUUGAUAUUUUAGCUAAAACAAGUAUAGUCGAGCCUUUGGAUUCUCCGCCUCGUAAGCAAAUGCCAGCACCUAGAUGUGUGCCUCCUUUAUCAGCUACAUCAACAACACAGAUGCCUUCUUCAAAAUCAGUCCCCUCCUCCGCCCCCACCUCAUCAUCUUCCACUUAUAUAGCCCCUGCCACCAACACAACCGCUACAGUCGGUCAUCUUACAUCAUCUACCUCUUCCUCCUCUGGGCAGUCUUCAUCGUCAAUAAGCAAUGCUGCCAUAACAUCACCUACAGUGCCACAUUCUCCUAUCUUAUCUCGGCCAUCAAAAGAGCCAAUGAUAAAACCCUUAAAAACAGAAAAGCCAACUCCGCCACCAAUAGAGAAGCAGAAUUCAACUCUGGAAAAUGAUUUGGAACUUUCUGACUCGGACGAUGAUCGCAAAAAGCAAAAUCGUUCCACAGUGAAUUCGAGUGACAGUUCACCAUCAGAUUCAAGCGAGUCCGGAAGUGAUUCCUCAAGAAGUGAACCUCAGCAACAAGCUACAAUACCCGCCCCUCACCAGCUUAUUAGCCAGCAGCAACAAAUGACGGUGGUAUUACCAACCAAAAAGAAAUUAGGAUCAGGCUCAGCUGGUACAAUUCCUGGUAGCAUUAGUAGUUGCAGCUCAGGGCUGGGCUCUUCUGCACCUCCUUCAGGAGGUUCGUCAUCGUCGUCCUCCAAUAAGACGCCAUCGCCUUCAAAUACUACCAAAUGGCAGCUAAGCAGAUAUUUCAACAAGGCCCCUUUACAUCAGACACCAACACAAGAUGUUGUAUCUCCAUCCACCACUUCGAUUGUAAACACCGUGAAUUCUAUGAAUGUUGCCAAUCUCAAUAUGCCCAUUACACUUCGAGGAGGAGCUCAAAUUAUACCUGAACCUCCCCAGCAUGUGGCGAAUAUUAAAAAUGAGUCGAUGUUAGAGGAUGUUGAUGAUGAUCAAAAUGAUGGCAAUGAGAUUGAAGACGAAAGCUUACAUAGAAGAAAUAGAGGUACUAAUAAAGGUGAAACAUUCCCCCAUCCGGCAUUUCCAUCGCGGAAAGCACCAGCUGGUCUCUCAGUCACCCCACUUUCUCCGAUGUUGAGCGAUAUUAAAAAAGAAAUUUCCACGCCUCAUGGGAGUAUGGGAGUAAACCAACAGCAGGUGCCCAUUUUAAAUGCCUCGGAAUUUGUAUCAAUACCUUCUUCACACAUAAAACACGAAUCGAUGUCAAUAGCUGGAGGACAUACCACUAUUACUUCCUAUAGCGGCGAUGUCAUUGAAGGUUUAUCAAAUCUAUCCUCUGAUACUAAUACAAGUGAUGACGAAAGAUUGCCUGUGAGGGGACCCACGGGUACACUACAAAUUCCAGGUGUCCCAGCAGCUAUAACAGCUUUGCCUCGCUCCCCACCAAUGGUGCAAAAGACACAGAUGUUAAAUUCUGUUACUAUGAUACGGAUAAAUAAUAUUAAUUCAUCUCCGACUGCACAUUUAAGUCGACCACCUCCGCCUCAAUCCAGAGCUAAAAAACCCAGAAAAAAACUGAAACAGCAAACUAGUGCCACAGUAGCAACAGAUACCAGUGAUGAGGAACCAGAUGACUUAACAAAACGUUUAGUUAGUCCGGCAUCUAGUUGCACAACUAGUGGAAUUACAAGUGGAGUUGUGGCUGGUCCCAAAAAAGGACGAGGAAGACCACGUAAGACUACUCCCAACCAAAGUGGAAACAUAAGUUCAGCAUCGUCAGCCUCGGCAUCUGCUAAAGGACCAACAUUAACCGCCAAAAAAGAUAUCAAUAAGAAACCCGCCUCUACUACGAAUGCAGCCACAGCAACCGCUCGAAGAAGAGCUUCUCGACUAAACUCAUCAAAUUCUUCUGCUCAAGACCUUAAUUCUACCACCCCUACUAAACAGACAAUUGUACAAGCUCCGAUAGAACUAAUACAAACAACACAGGUAACAACGCCAACGGUUUCUGUUAAAGAACAAAUACAUACUGCAAACGCCACUAGCGACGAUUCAUCAUCUUCAACUGAGUCAUCAACGUGUUCUAUGUCAAAAUCAUCUUCGUCUAUUUCGGAUUCGGAUGUAGAAGAAACAACCAACAAACAACAUAUAAUAACUAACACUUCGUCAUCGGAAGACGAAGGAACAAAACCAAAGGACAGUGCAAAAUCUAGGACGUCUGGAUCUGGGGAGCAUAAACCCGCACCACCAAAGCGAAUAGUAAAAAAGUUAAAUACCCGAAAAUCGUCGCUUGAAGAUUUAUCAGCCCCCUUACCGGCAUCUACAAAGCCUCAUGAUAUGUCAAUGUCCUCCUCAUCUUCUUCAUCAUCAUCUGAAUCGUCAGCAGAAGAUUUUAGUCACCUUCCCAAUGCUUCAACUUUAACAGGAGGGUCUUCACAACAAACCGCUACCUCUAUUGGUGCAGGUAGUUCUUCCCAACGUUCUGCGAAUCAUCAAUCACCGCAUAAAGUGGCAAGUGCCUUUUUUUCGGAAUCGAGUGGUGAGGAACGUUCUGAUUCAGAUUCAGGCGAGCCUCGAAAGGAAAAGAAACUAAAACGUGAUAAACCAAAAAGUGAUAAAAAUAAAAUAAGUACGCUGACCCGUAUAUUUAAAUCGUCAAAUGAGGGAGGUGCUAAAAAGCAGGGCCAAGUUCUUAUAGUAGACCAGUCAGAAGACCAACAACAACAGCAAAUGCACCAACAACAGAAGCAUAUAUCUCCAGCGUUAAGACUGUCUCAAGAAAAUCUGUCCGCAGUACAUAGUUCCCUACAAAAUACUCCAACAGCACAAUCUCCACGUUUGACACCUGGUGGUCAUAUGAGAUCACCACGUUCUUUAAACAUGACUCCUCUUACAUCUCAGGUUUUAGCAGCUGGUGCAAUGGUAUCACAUCGCACACCUGAUCGUAGUACGUCGAGUGCCGAAAGAAAGUUACAACAACGUAUAAAAACGCCAACCAGAACGCCUACUCGCACGCCACCAACCACGAGGACACCAACUCCAACGCCUGCAGUCGCAGCUACAUUGCAUCAUCCAAACCCUUCUCCCUCACCAUCAUCAACGACGCCUUCUCAUAUUCAUCAACAACACAUAGCUCUUUUACAACCUCCGCCACCAACUUCCUUAAUAUGUAAAAUUGAUCUCUCUAGAUUGUUGAAUGUACCCGAGGAGUGGCAAACAAAUGCAUAUCGUUUGUAUGGCCAUGCUCCUGGCCAUCAGCAAAAUCAUUUGACACCAAGCGCUGGACGCACUCCAAUAUAUGGUCAUGAAACAAUACUCAACGCUGACCUGCAGUCUUGCAACAACCAAAUGCGACAGAAAUCCACAUCAAGUGGUAAUAUCAGUGGUGGUGGUAGUGGUAGUGCGACUCCUAGAAGUACGGGCAAUCGAACCCCAAUACAAAUUGCCUCCACAAUCUCAUCAGCCUCCGAAAGAGAACUUUCUCACUCAAGAGAAAAUCUCAACGACCUGGCCAAAGAAAAUUGUAAUUCUGGUCGAUUGAGUAGUCGUUCAACAGAUGGCAGCAUAUGUGGUGGCGGUUCAACGCCAAAGGAACAUUUGCUACCUCCCAAUGGCUACAAUUCUGCUGCAACAAUGAUUAGAGGUUAUAAUUCCCCUAAUCCUACAUUGAGUGGAGUAAAACUGUUGACCGGUGUUAAACAUGAACAAAUUAUAAAACAUGAACCUGAUUCAGAAUAUUCCUGCAAUGAAACUAAAUUUAAAAGUGAUUCUUCUACAGAUCCAGCACUCAUAAAGCAAGAACUUUUAAUACUCAAACAAGACUAUAAACCCAGUGAUCUGUCGGAAAAGUCAUCACUGUGCUCACCUAAUGACUUACCCAUGGAACCUAAACCACGGCGUAAACGCAGUACCAGCUCAAGUUCCAGUCCUUACAAAGAGAAAAAACGGAAAAAGGAAAAAGACUUAAAUGCAAUUGCGUUAACCGAAAAAGAGAAAUUGGUUGUCGGCGCUAGUGACAUUGUUAAAGAAAAGGAAAUUGCAAAUGAUUCUUUAAAAGGAAAGGAACCCAUUGCGACGGAAGAUUGUUUAACGAAUACAAACGGACAACAGCAGACACAGGAACAACAAUUUUCUCAUACAAAUCAUGAUCGGUUAUUAAUGGAGAAUAAAUUUCAGCAACAGCAAAGCACUGAUAAAUCAAAUAGUCAUAAUAACAAUAAUAGCAGCAAAACAACAAACAAUGUCUCAAACACUGCCAGUCCUGCGCAUUUACAAACUACAAACAACCAUUCAACCACAAUCGCCUCAACCAAUAUGCCACCACCAGCCAAUGUAGGACUGAUACCAACUGUUACACAAACUCCUCAACCAGCAGCUACAUGCUUAAAGAAUGUUCAAGCUUCAGCACCUACUACAUCUAUGCCUUCAGUAGCUUCCUCAUCAUCGUCGCCCGCCGCAAUAGCAGGAGCUUCAAAUUCAACAACAACAGAAGCCGUGUCAGCAGCUGCAUCAACCACUCAACCUCAAGUUAUCUAUCGUUCCUACUUUGAACGAGAUGAUGAUGCUUUGAGUGAGGAAAUCAGGUUUGUUGCGGAAUCAUUUAUUGAUUAUUCGAAUUCCUCUACCUACUCCUCCAACAACAACAACACUACCAACUCCUCCGUUACGGCCAAAUUUCAAAAUUUAUUGCAAAUCAAGGACGGUAAGUUUUUGCAAGAGGCUGUUCAUCGCAAGCAUGCGGCAGAUCGUGAGCAGAACACUUUCAAUCAAGUGACUUUAUACUUAGAGGCUGUGGUUUACUUUCUCCUGUCUGGCGCUGCCAUGGAACAACAUAGUCGUUCUGAAGAUGCAGCUUGGACUAUGUACAAGGAUACCUUGUCAUUAAUUAAAUUCAUAUCUUCUAAAUUUAGACAUUUACAAGUUUCUUCAGCGAACCAACACGAUACUCACAAUAAAGUUGCUAUAUUAAGUCUUCGUUGCCAGUCUUUGAUCUCUUUAAAGUUGUUUAAACUUAAAAGAAAUUUUUGUCGGCAAAUCAACAACAUUUGUUCGGAUUUCUUUAAAUCGGGUAAAGGCGAUAUUAUUAAUGGCAAUACGCCUUCAUCAAUUUCACCUUCUAAUUCGGUAGGUUCACAGGGUUCUGGUUCCAAUACUCCACCCGGUAAAAUAGUGCCUCAAGAUAUACACUCAGCUUUAUGUCAGCAAAACCAAUAUUUUACUUAUUUAUCUAGUAGUCAUGAAUUAUGGGAUCAAGCCGAUCGCUUAGUUAGACAAGGGAAUCACACCGAUUUCUUUAUUGCAUUGGACCAUGAAAAUGGUCCUUUGACGUUGCACAGCAAUGUUUAUGAAGUCUUUCGUUAUGUCCAGGCUGGUUUGAAAAAACUGAAAGAUGAAAUGCUUAUACAAUAAUAAAAAAAUGUUUGCAAAUAUUUCUUGCAUGUUGUCUUACAAUAUUGUAACAAAAAUUCACUUUUUUAUAUAUACACAACAAAACAAACACUAGUUAACAUCACUUCUUAACUUAUUGAGUUUUUAUAAUAUUAUUUAAUAAUCGAAUCAAUAAGUAAAUAAAAGAUUUUCAACUUUUCUUAGGGUAUCUAAAAUAUAAUUCUGUGCUUUUUGUUAUUGCUAAACAAAUAAGAAAAAUCAAUUUCCUAGAUAAGUCAUUAUUAUUGUUACAUAUACAUACAUUUAUAAUUAAGUAAAUAAACACAGCAAGAAACUUAUCUUCAAUAACAUUAAAGGGUUAUUACAUUUUAUUAAUAAAAUUUAAUUAUUCUGAAUAUAAUUGAACUUUAGACUUUUAUAGAAUGACAUGUUAAAACUUUUAUUUAAAAAUAAAAAAAUCAUAAAAUUUUAUUUAUAAAGUCAUAAA